GUCUCUUGCUUCUCUGAUAAAAAAGACCGAACUUUGAAGGAUUUAAUACUGAGUCAUGGUUAGAACCUCUCUAAAUACCUCUUUAAGCAAGAGGAGGUUAAGGAAAUCCAAAGGCCCAAGCGAAGAUAGGCUAAGCGAUUUACCGGACGAGUUGUUAUGUCGAAUCCUCUCUGAGUUAUCAACGAAGGAUUCAGUACGCACCAGCCUUUUGUCAAAAAGAUGGAGAAAUAUCUGGUUAAGUGUUCCGGUUUUGGACUUGGAUACCAGAACAUUUCAAGAUGAUGAUUACCUCUUUUUGGAAUUCCUGGAUAGUUUUUUGGAGUCAAACAAAGAGCAAGACAUAAAGGAAUUCAAGUUGAUUUAUGAUGCUGGUGAGCAUUGUGAUUCUGAUUUUGUGUGGCGGAUUGAUGAUGUGGUUAAGCGUAGAGUUUGUCAUCUAACUGUUCUGAAUCGGAUAAAUGGUGAUGAUGCACUCGUUAGAAUGCCUCUCUCCCUUUAUUCAUGUGAGACAUUGAAGACUUUAACUCUCUAUUGUGUUGUCUUGGAUAAUCCCAAAUCAGAAUUGGUAUCUUUACCUUGUGUCAAGAGUAUGCAUCUAGAGGCAGUCAAGUUUGAUGGAAAAAAGGUUCUAGGGACUCUCAUAUCAAGUUGUUCGGUUCUCGAAGAGUUAAUCAUAGUCACACAUCCUGGUGAUUAUUUAGAAGAAGUAUGUGUGCGCUCUCAAUCACUAAAGAGCUUUGAAUUAGAGUCCACACCUGGUGACGGAUAUGAAGAAUAUGAACGCCAACUUGAUCCUGAAGUUGUAAUUGAUGCUCCGAGACUUGAGUAUAUGAGUAUCAGUCGAUACCUAUCUACAAGCUUCAAAAUAGACAGCAUUGGCUCAUAUGCAAAAGUGAACAUUGAUGUUACCUUUGAUGUGGACUAUGGUGAUCCAGAAAAGAUAGCUAUGAUCUACAAUUUUCUCAUUGGGAUUUCUCUUGUCCAUGAAAUGAUCAUCUCUGCUCAAACUCUCGAGGUGAUCCAUGUUCUCUCGAAGCUAGAACCGUUACCUCGGUUCCCUAACUUGUCUUGCUUGGAUGCUUCGUUCAUCAAAUCUUUUUGGAAAUUGUUGCCAACCUUUCUUGGUUGCUGCAUGAAUCUACAAUCCUUCGUAUUGGAAUUUGACUCCCUUCCCGAGAGAGAUGAGAUGAAAGUUUCAUAUGUACCUGAAUGUUUCUUAUCAUCUCUUGAGUAUGUUAACCUCUUCACACCAACCACCGUCACAGAGCCGAUGAAUCUACCAAUCUACUUUGUGAGAAACUGUGCAGUCUUGAAGGAGCUUGUGUUAAAUGAGAGUUUCAGUAACAUGAUCAGAAAAAUCAAAAGGAUUCCAAGAUUGUCUCAAAGGUGUGAAGUUCUCGUGGGAACACCAACUUACGAAGAUGUCUCUCAUAAACACGAUUUAUUAUCAAUUAUGUAUCCAUAGUUAGCUAGUAAUCAUGUGUAGGGCGUUUUGGUUUUUGUUUUUGUGGAUAAGAAAUCUGAAGCCAUAUAUGAUCUUAAGUGUGAAGGC